AGAGCAUGGGCGGUGCCACGGAGCCAGGGCGGGGCGACCUUUGCUCGAUCCUUAAGCAGUUUUGGGAGGCGGGGCCAAGCGGCCGUGUCUGGGUGGGGUGUCAGGGUCCUCAGAGUCCGAGGUCGCCUCUUACCAGGUGUCCUUGCCGCUCCUGCCCCUCCCAUGGGGUAGGGUUUGGCCGCGGGGGCCGAACCUGGGUGCGCGGUUUCGGUCUGACCCGACUCGAAGUCAGUUUCGAUUAGGGACAGCGGUUGGGCGAGAGGGCGGAGCAGUCGGGACGAGAGAGAGGAGGGGACCUGGUGCGAGAGGCUCAGUGGGGACCGUCCGGCGCGGGAGACAAAGAGCCUCCAGAGAGUGCAGUGAGCAUCGCUACUGUCAAGCUCGGCAGCCUAGCAGACUUGGGGACCCCGGGUCCGGGGUGCGCUGCGGAGCAGAGCAGGCACGGGUGCUGGGGACCCGCGAAGCUACGAGGGAUGCGGACGCCGGUGGUGAUGAUUCUGGGCAUGGUGUUCACGCCCUGCGGGUUGCUGCUCAAUCUCAUCAGUACGCUGACCCCGGGCUGGCGGCUGGUGAAGGGCUUUCUGGACCAGCCAAUGGACGUGGUGCUGUACCAGGGUCUGUGGGACAUAUGUCGCGAACAGAGCAGCCGCGAGCGCCAGUGCGGCCAGUCCGACGAGUGGAACUACUUCCAAACCGAGCCUGUGCAGGCGGCCAGGGGACUCAUGGUCACGUCACUGGCCAUCACCGCCCUGGGGUUACUGCUGGCAUCGCUCGGCGUGCGCUGCUGGCAAGAUGAGCCCCACUUCGGGCUAGCCGGCCUCUCGGGCAUCGUGCUUUUCGUCGCGGGCCUUUUCAGCCUCGUCCCAGUCUCCUGGUACAACCACUUCUUGGGUGACCGCAGCGUCCUCCCCGCCCCGGACAGCCCGGUUACCGUGGAAGUCAGCUAUAGCCUGGUGCUGGGCUACCUAGGCAGUUGCUUGCUGCUGCUGGGCGGCUUCUCCCUGGCGCUCAGCCUUGCGCCCUGGUGCGAAGAGCGCUGUCGCCGCUGUCGCAAGGCGCCCUCCGCAGGCCCGCGCCGCAGCAGCAUCAGCACCGUCUACGUGGACUGGCCGGAGCCCGCGCUUACACCUGCCAUCAAGUACUACAGCGAAGGCCAACAUAGGCCUCCUCCCGCCGAGCCCAGGACCACCAGCAAGCUCAAGGUCGGAUUCCCGAUGCCACGGCCGCCACCCAAGGCCUACACCAACCCAGUGAAUGUGCUUGAGGGAGAAGAGAAGCCGGCCACCUCCCAGGGAGGAUCCUCCUCUCGUAGCACUCGGCCGUGCCACAGUUCGCUGCCCUGUGACUCAGACCUGUAGACACAGCUCACCCACCGUCUACCUGAGCUCCGCCUGGGGUCUGAAGGUUGCUUGAACUGUGCGUUGCAACCAGAACCCUGAACGCCUUGCUGUUUGCAGGGCAAACUUUCCUUUCCGGGGGCCAAACUCCUUCCCAGAUAAUAGGCUGGGUUCAUCUGCUUUUAAGGAGUUUCACUUUUCUCCAGAGGGAUCAGGUUUUCUUACGCAGCAGGGACAAGAGUGGGUGACGUUUUGCAUACUGUUAAUCACAGUAGCAACAACAACAAAACCACAGCCAGCCAACAGGCUUCUAAACAGGUGCAGAGCCUUGAAGUACAGUAUUCUAAGUUACCCAUGAGUCUUCAUAAAUGUCACUAUUGAGGUGGUUUGGUUUUUUGUUUUGUUUUGUUUUCCCUCCCUGCUUCAGUUUCCAGAGAACUCAAAUAGCCAAAAAUGUUAAGUCUGGCUGGUUGUGUUCGAAGGGUAUUCUGUAAAGCCAGCAGUUUCAAAGGCUUUUAUGAAGUGAAGUAACUUGUUCAACUCAUAUUUAUAUUUCUUCGUGCUUAAGUAGUAUUUAUCUUUUCUAAUCACUUAUUCCUAUGUAGGAGGUUGAGCUUACUCAAGAGAUUGUCUUCCAGAAGCCAGAAGAAUGAAAAAUGUUGACACUGCACUGUUCUGUCCCUCGACUAGGUACCUCAUCCUGAACAGAGACGUAUUUUAUACAAAACCGAACUCUUCACUUGAGUUUGGCUCAAGUCCAUAUGUCCAUAUCUUAUUUAUAAAUAAAAAACCUUAAGUGUCA